UAAUCUAGCACUCAAUACCAAACCCCACAGUCUAGGGUCAGGUUCAGCCUUCAGCAGUGGAAUACCAGGCACUGCCCACACCAAACUCAGACCGCUAAACAGCCAACCACUAAUCCUGAACCACAGACAACUCUGGAUAGGUGUUCAAGUGUGUCGUGCUCUCCUGAACCACUGACAACUCUGGGUGCUGAGUCAUAAAAUGGAGUACAAGAAGAACUGUGACACACUCUCGGAGAAGAACUCAUUUGAUGCAGAGGGAAAUGCCAGCACAAACAACCAGGAGCUGAAGGCUGGUCCAUACGAUGGCCUCCAGUACUGUAACAUCCUGAAAGCUGAAAAAGAAGAAAUACAAUAUGCUCUGGACAAACACAAUUCAGACUCAGGUGCCAACAAAUGCUGUGCUUGGAAAGUGACAGCGAUUGUCUUUAUAAUCCUGACUGUCCUGCUUCUGGUCAUCGCCAUCGUCAUAGGAGUGAUCUGGCUUCGAGAGUCUGACAUCUUGGCGGUAUCACAGAAAACAUCCAUGGAAAGAGCCAAACAAAGACAGGAAGAGGAGGAGCAGAAGAGAAUGGACAGAGAGAGAGAGAUCAGGGCAGAGGAGGAGAAGAAGAGAAUGGACAGAGAGAGAGAAGUCAGGGCAGAGGAGGAGAAGAAGAGAAUGGACAGAGAGAGAGAGGUCAGGGCAGAGGAGGAGAAGAAGAGAAUGGACUUGGAUAAGAAAAUCAGGCAGGAAGAAGAGGAGAAAAGACAGGCGAUGCUGGAGGAGGUGAAGGCCCAGUGUAGCGGUGGUCAGAUAGUUAGCAUUAGCUCCAUUAGCUUUGGGUUUAUUCUCUCAGUGUUGCUGGUUAACCACCUAAUGGAUUACUGACCGAUUUGGAUGUGCUGACAUGUUUGUCACUGUUUCUCACAGUAAAGCUCAUUUGUCAGUUAAAGGUGUUGUGGGAGACCCAGACUGCUAGUGUGUAAUUCAGUUAAAGGUGUUGUGGGAGACCCAGACUGCUAGUGUGUAAUUCAGUUAAAGGUGUUGUGGGAGACCCAGACUGCUAGUGUUCUGUUCUGUUGCGUGAUGUUUUCCCAUUGUGUGUUCUAUUUUACCUUUCAUGGCUAGCCGUUUGUUUUU